AUGUCCCGAUUUGCUCUGCGCAGCACGCACAAGCUUACCAAGAGAGGUGUAAACACUGACGGUGUGGAAACCUACCGAGCCAACGACAAGCUCCGGAUGUCCCAGAAAUACCCCAGAAAGUUCGCGAAUCACUUUGCUUAUGCCUUCGCGAUCUUGGUCGCAGAGAGGAAGCCUGCCAAUUGCGUAGAGGUGAUCAAUCCUGAGGAUCUGAAGCCUGCAGACAUUAUGAGGGACCCGCAGAGAUUUCAGGAUGCGUGGGCCGCUGCGAAGGCACGUCUUGAAGCCUUGCAACAAGCCGCACCAGCGGCCACGACCACGGCCCCCGUCGCGACGCCUGUGCGCAACGCUUUGGUUGCGAAGAAGAAGAGUACGAAGGAGGAUGAGAAGGACCCUGGUGAGCCAACUCCGACCACGAAAUCUUCGCCUCCGAAGGCGACCCCAAGCAGCCCAGCCAAGAAGCCACCUCCAGAGAAGAUCCAUGGAGUUCCAGCCCAGACUUACAGGAACAUGGAGGCGAAAAUUCGCCGCAUGGUCGACCCGAAGAAGCGCAGCGGCAAAGUCACGGCCUCGGAGGUGCUCCGCAAGAAAUGGUUCGAAUCCUCGGAUGCACGCUCAAAGUUGGUGCUGGAGAUGGUAAAGAGUGGUGGUGACAAGGCCAAGUUCACCGCACGCCUGAAGCACACCCACACCAAUUUGCAGAGACGCUCCGAGCUGACGGACAAAGAGUGGCACACGAAACUUUCGAUGAAGGACAAUCUCCAUUGGCCAAAGCCACGCAUCAAGGGAGCGGUGAAAUGGUGCACGCACAAGAAGCGCCGCGCAACUUACGUGAGGAAGGACAAAUACAAUCCGACUGAUCACGAGUACCUCGUGGAUGUUUCAUCCAAGAAAACCCUGGCUAAGGAGUCUGAGGACAAGCUGGUGGACGACACAGAUUUGGGUGAGCAUGAGCGGGAGAAUGUUGCUUUCGGUUUCGACUCCGAUUCCCAGGGCCCCAACAGUGAGGCUGAGAGUUGUGACGACGCUAGCAGUGCAAGCAGCGAGCCUGCACGGAAGAAGAACAAAUCCAAGAAGAAGCGAACACGUGCUUCCAGCACCACCCCCAGCCCGAAGAAGCCCAAGAACAAACCCGGGCGGGGUUUGUCCAAAGCAGAUCUCGAGCUGCAGGUUGCUACGGAGGCCCGUGAUUGUCCAUCCCAUCCCUCCCGCUCUCUCUCUCUCUCUCUCUCUCUCCCUCAUUCUCUCUCUCUCUCUCUCUCUCUCCCUCUGGUGUCUGUCUCUCUCUCUCUCGCGCUCUCUCGCUCUCUCGCUCACUCUCUCUCUCUCUCUCUCUCUCUCUCUCUCUCACUCGCUCUCUGUCGCUUGCUAUCUCUCCCCCUGUGGCUCAAGUACCCGAUCUGUGUUUCUCUAUAUACUUGUUAUCGCCCCUUCGUCUCCUAUCCCGGCAAGGGGUCCUAUUUGGAACCUUUGUCAUUCCUCCCUCUCUCUCUCUCUCUCUGUGUUCCGUCAGGGAGUUUGCACCGUGAUUUCAUGAUCAUCUUAACAGCAUGUGAGAAAAUACUGAACUCGGGUGAAAACUCACUCUGCUUGGAGGCUGCCGAGAGUGCGACAGAGGUGCUGGACAACGCGCUCCGUGUCCAGGGUCGCUUGAACGCUACGUUGCGGAAGCUCGGGGAGGUCACCCUUGCGGACGGUUCGGACCCCAAGAAGUUUCACGGCUUUGUUUAUUCGGAGGCUGGUAUGAGGCUGCAACCAGAGGCCAAAGGAAACGACCCCCAAAAAAAAACACAACCCCGAGAUUGA